AUGCGCCGACCAAUGCGGCUCUCAUUCGCAUCCGCCGUCCUCUUUGCAGCUCUCGCUAACGCUGACCUUGAUUAUGUGACGGAUCUCGAUAUUUAUUCUCUUCUGGCCCCGUGUGCCUCCGACGCCAUAUCAUACAACAUCGCGACUCUGACAUACGGCACAGCAUGCGGCGACUCAGAAACGGAGCUCCAAUCGUGUGCUUGCUCCGACACGGAGAGAUUCACCAGCAUCACUUCGUCCAUAUCUCGCGACAUUCGAGUCAGUUGCGGCACUACAGCGACCGACGACCAAAACAGCGCAUCGAGUGUUCUUGCGAAAUACUGCAACCAAGAUCUGACCAUUACAUUUUCGACGCCGACCAAGAACGUUGUUCAGGCCUACAUCACCGACCUAAGUCAGAUAAAUUAUCUUCCACAAUGCGCACAGUCGGCGUUGUCAGAAGCUGUCAUGGGAGACAAUAUAUCCAAAUGUCCCGAAGCUGCCAGUCUCUUUGCGCCUUGCGUUUGCGGAAAGGGUGGAAUCCCCUCUCAAGUCAGCGACGUGAUCAGCAAGUCUGUCCGAUACUCGUGCUCUAAUGGAGGCGAUAUCAGCGCGGCGCAAGACUUUUACAACGAAUACUGUGCCAUGAACAACGGAACGACCACCUUUACUCAGCCCCCAGGUCCUCCCGGAGACAUGACUUAUCACAUCACCGCCUUGCCACAGUUCAAGUCCUUGCGGUCAUGCGCUCAAAGCGGCGUUGCCUCUGCGAUCCUCGAUCAAACAGACAUCUAUUGUGCUACCGGCCCCCAGGCUCUCGCUUCGUGCGUCUGCAUCAAGUCUGGUAUGAGCGGUAGAAUCUUGAGCACCCUUACAUCCAAUGUCAAGUGGAACUGCGACAAUACAGCCACUGCGGAUGUUACCUCGGCCAUGGACGUCUUCGCAGUCUAUUGCAGCGCGGCUGAAAAGGAGAUUGUCGUGUCUGUCACCGAUACUGCCACUGAAACCCCUGCAGAGACAGGAGCCGGAAGCACUGGCGGAAGCGGCGGUAGCGACAACGGAGGAAGCAAUCCCGAUCAAGGUGGAAAGGAUGGAUCAUCUUCGGACGGCAGUGGAGGCAACUCAUCGGGUUCAACCAUCAACAAAACAGCAGUCAUUGCAGCAUGUGUACUUGGAGGCGUCGUUCUCAUCGCUGCCAUUGCCGCCGUGGCAUUUUUCGUCCGCCGAAGACGCAACAAGCAGAUGAGAGGAGAGCAGAUACCGCCAACAGCAGACGGGCCCAAUCUCACCGGACCACCCGAGCUGGAAAACACAGCGAAAAUGGGUCCAAACAUUGCUGUUGUUCCGGAACUUCACAGCACAGAGAGACAGGAGCUCCAGGGAACCGGCACGCCUUUCAGUGAGUUGCCGCCCGGGUACGUCUCUCCGCGACCAGAACUCCAGGGGAAUAGCGAAUACAAGCCUCCGGUUUCGCCGGUGCAUGGUGGAGGAUAUCAACCGCCGCAUUCGCCGUACCAUGGACAACAGCAGCAGGGGGCACAGACUGUUUCUCCCGCAACGCCGAAUACAUACGGGGCGGGAUGGCAAUCUGGGCCAGUGGCAGAAACGUAUGAACUGGACUCGGCUACAUGGAAGUCUCCCUAG